AUGCACGCGAUAGCUGCGAGUGCUUGCAUUGUUUUUGAAAAAGUGCCAGAAUUCUUCGGUAUGCGCUGCCGUCCCCUCCCAGGACGAGUCACAGCUCCCAAUGCAGCGAUCCCACCAAACAACAAUGAAAACAAUAACGACACAGAUCAUGGUCAGGAGAACCAACAGGCAACCUCUGAAGAGCAACCAACCAACAAUGGAAAUGCUCAAGAAGACAAUGGCCAAGGCGAACAAAUAAAUAAUUCAACCGAACAAACUAUCUCUGUUGAUCAAAUCAUCGAAGAAGAUGCUGAGAACAACGCGAUAGAACAAGCCUUAGACCAACCCGAUGAGGACGAAUUCCUUAACUAA